AUGGCGGCUCUGGUAGGUGCGUUGCCAAAGUUUAGGAAUCUUUGGACAGACCCGCUUCGAUGCUUUCAUCUGUCUACGCUCUUCACGCAAAUAAGGAUUCUCAAGCGUCCUAUUUGCAUUGCAAGUGAUUACAAUCCUCUUCUCAGCCACGAAGGCUUACCACGCUUCAAUGAAUUUCAAACUACCCAUGUAGCGCCAGCCAUCGAGAAACUGACUCACGAUUUCGAGAGUGACUUUACCGAGUUCGAAACAAAAUUACAAGAACUAUACAGAGGAAAGGACACACUGAUUGAUCAACCCUGGUCAACUAUAAUUGAACCACUAGAGAAGAUAGGCAAUCCUCUUAGUUAUGCCUGGGGAGUUACAUCACAUUUAAACAGAGUUUGUAAUAGUCAAGAGUUGAGAGAUGUUUAUCAAAAGGCGCAACCACUGGUUGUACAAGCUUCUAUGAAAGCCUCACAGAGUGUCCCUGUAUAUGAUACUCUCCAGAAUCUCCAUCAGAAAGUUAAAGAGUCUAGUGUGAGUCUUGAUGAAGGACAGCAAAGAGUGGUGAAAUCAUUUUUGAGAUCAGCCAGAAAUGGGGGAGUGGCCCUGAGAGGAAAAGAAAAAGAAAGAUUUAAUGCUAUACAGUUGAGACUUGCUGAACUGAAAAACAAAUUCAGCAACAAUGUAUUGGAUGCAACAAAGGCCUUUUCAUUAGUUUUAACAAACCCAGAGGAUGUCAGAGGAUUGCCUGAAUCUCUUCUUCAGAUGACUGCAGAGGCAGCCGCUGCAGAAAAUCACACAGACCUCAAAGAAACAAGGAGAAACAUUGAUCCCAAAUCAGGACCUUGGAAACUCAGUUUGGAUUUGCCAUGCUUUGAGCCAUUCAUGAAAUACAGCCAAAACAGAAGUCUGCGAGAACAACUGUACAUGGCUUAUAUAACCAGAGCUUCACAAGGAGAGAGUGAUAAUUCAAAUAUUAUUGAAGAGAUAAGAAAAUUAAGACAAGAGAAAGCCACCCUCCUAGGAUUUGAGAACUAUGCAAUGCUAUCGCUGGACUCUAAAAUGGCUGGUAGCCCAUCUGAAGUUUGGAAAAUGAUCACUGAUUUACAUAGCAAGAGUAAAUUAGCUGCAGAAAAAGAAUUAAUCAAUUUGCAGACCUUUGCUCAGGAAAAUGGUUUUGUUGAUGAUUUGAAGCACUGGGACAUAGCUUAUUGGUCCCAAAAACAAAAGGAACAUUUGUUUAGUUUCACCGACGAGGAGCUGAGGCCUUACUUUCCAUUACCAAGGGUACUUGAAGGACUCUUUAAACUUUCCUCUGAGUUGUUUGGGAUAGUCAUUAAGUCGGCAGAUGGUGAAGCAGAAGUUUGGCACCCAGAUGUAAGGUUCUUUCACAUUAUGGAUGAAAGAGGGCAUCACAUGGCGUCAUUUUACUUGGAUCCAUACUCUCGACCGGCGGAAAAGAGUGGAGGGGCCUGGAUGGAUCAAUGUCUCGACAAAAGUGAAGUCCUCAACAGAAAACCUGUUGCAUACUUAGUUUGUAAUCAGUCCCCUCCCGGUGCCGACGGUUCACCUUCUCUGAUGACUUUCCGAGAUGUAGAGACACUUUUCCAUGAGUUCGGACAUGGUCUCCAACACAUGUUAACUACAGUGCCUUACUCGGAUGCUGCCGGAAUUAGAAAUGUCGAGUGGGAUGCAGUAGAGCUUCCAUCGCAGUUCAUGGAGAAUUGGCUAUAUGAUAAAACUUCCAUGAAUUUGGUCAGUGGCCAUUACCACACCAACGAUACCUUACCAGAUGAACUUUUCCAACAGGUUUGCAAAGCUCGUAGAUUCAUGGCAGGGUCACAGAUGUUACGUCAGCUUUAUUUCGGAGCACUCGACAUGGAGCUACACUCAAGUUCCGAGCCGUGGCGUACCGUCCUUGAACGGAUCUCAAGCAAAUAUACUGUGCUUAAACCACUUGACGAAGAUAGAUUUCCCUGCUCGUUUCUUCACAUCUUCGCAAGUGGAUAUGCUGCUGGAUAUUACUCUUACAAAUGGGCAGAGAUGAUGUCUGCAGAUGCCUUCAGUGCGUUUGAGGAAGUCGGUUUAAGCAACAGAAAAGAGCUGAGUACAGUUGGAAAAAGGUUCCGCGAUACUAUCCUGGCCAGCGGUGGUGCCCGCCACCCUAGUGACGUUUUUCAGGACUUUCGCGGGCGACCAGUUUCCUCUGACGCCCUGCUCAAAAGUUACGGGCUUCAGUGAUAAUAACAAAGAAUAAAUCGCUUUCGCGUGUAGUAACGCUGGCCACACUGAUGGUUUGAAUAUUGAAAAAGGUCUGUAGUGCAAAUUUACCAGUCCAGUGGGCAACGAACUAAGUCUUGGACCGGCCUUGGCCACACGCCAAGCUGAUGCCAUCAAACUCGGUGGCCGCUGAUUCAAGUUCUUUUCCAUACAAGUGCUACCUUGACGUACUAGUUCACUGCAUAUCCACCAUGUUGACUCAACACUUACCGCUGAUUCAGUUGUAUUCUAAUGCAAAUCUCAAGUGCCUAUUGGCUAACCUACUCGUUUUCCAUCAUCCCGAAAUAGAGAAAACAGUGUUAUUAAAAAGCACGCUAUUCUCCAGUUAAAGCUUUGUGAUAAUGGAGGCAAAGAGGAGAAAUAAAAGCUAACACUACAAUAAAAUAGUGGGGUCUGACGACA